AUGUCGAUAUCCAUAAGCUUCGGCUCCUUCGGCGACAUAGUCUCGCUCGUCCAGCUCGCGGCGUCCGUGAUCAGCCGGCUCGCAAGCAGCGCGGGCAACUCCGAGCGAUACAGCGAGCUCCUGCUGGAACUACACACCCUAUCCGGGGCUCUCGCGUCCCUCCAGAACGAACUUCAUACUCCCCGUGCACCGUCUCGCAUGCCGACCGAGCUCCGGCGGGACAUCGAGGCGCGCAUAGCGGCUUGCCGGGCGUCGCUCGAGAAGAUGGAGAGGAGUAUCGUAUGGCAGCAGCAGCGCUUGAGGGGCCGAUACCCGAAGCACUGGAGGGAUCUCUGGCUCAGAGCCGGAUGGCGCUUGUUUGCGGAGGAAGAACUGCAGAGGUAUAGGGAGGACGCACGCAGGCAUAGAGAUUCUGUCCAUUUUGCGCUUUCCAUGCUCAAUCGGGAGAGCGUGGAAGACACGCAUCGCAUCGCCGUGACAGCACGCUCAACACUCGACAAUGUGAGCGCAAUGGCUGAGUCGACGCGGUGCGAAGUCAAGCUUGUUCUCAAGAACGUCCUGGAAAUGCGGAAGCCUUCUCCAGUAUUUCUCGGAUUCCCCUGGGAAGGAGCCCGUUCCUACAGCGAGCGACCAAUCUGCUUCGUCAACGGAUACCGCCAGAAGUUCCAGGUUCCCAUUGAUUUCUUUAUGGAUUUCCGGAUAUCUCAGAUGUUGGAUAAUCUUGUGAAUUACGCUAUGAACUGCGCUUUGAAGCUUUGGUUGUAG